AUAUUUCAAAGUCAAUGCAAACUAAAACCAAUACUUAUAAUAAUUAUAUUGAAAAUCUUUAAAGCGAUAAUUCAAACUUGGACACUCAAUGUCGGCAGUUCUACAUUUUAGAAACUACAAAACGGCUAAAUGGACUCUUUCUGUUCGGGAAUAUCCUUAUUGACGGACUCCGAAGAACUGUUUAGUUUGUUCUUUUUCAGCUGUGUUUCCUCGAAUAGCUGUAAAAAACGCAACAAUAACAAACAAAGAGAGAACACGUCCCGAUUAGAACAUAUUCUCUUUGGACUAACAGUGUUAUUAGCAGCAUUGUCAAUUCUUUUAUUCUUUCUUGUACUGUGUUAUGCCUUAGGAAAUAAAACCAAUCAACGUGAAAGUACCAUAUGUUUAAACUGUGAUGAACUGAACUUCGCAUACAACCCUUUUCAUCAUGCAAACAAGGAUAUCGAUGCGUUAAGGCAAGCGGAAAAUUCUUCACUUUGUUGUGGACCCCUUCAGAACAUCUCCAAACUUCUUCUCGCAAAGGCAACAACGAGCAAACACUUUGAACAGUCUCAAACAGUCACUGUCGGAGACGGCUUUUACGAACUACUUUACGACGAUUGUGACAAAGUUAACGGCAUCCGUACUCCAAAAGCAAAGCUUGCUGGUAUUGUUGACAUCUCACCAAGUCUGACGGUUAAUGGUCAUUCAAAACUGCUCUGGAAUAGAUAUAACUCCACGUUUACGGAACACAACUGUAUCCAUCUCUUUCAAGAAGGAGAAAUCUUCAUCAAGCAACCGGGAUAUUAUAUUGUAUCCUCCAUGAUACAUGUUCGAAUACCAGCCACGACCAACAACACUUUAAAGUUAAGACCACCAACAACAAACAGUACGACUCUAUUCGUACAUCAUGUGGAUCUAUUAUCCCAUUAUUACGGACACACUCGAGUAUUGAUGCAAAGGAAAAGAUCGUUGGGACAAACCCAAAUGCUUCCCUUUACAAGUCUGGUUUCAGCUGUGUUUAAGUUUCAGAAGAAUGACCGUAUUUCAGUUUCCGUUUCACAUCCAGAGUAUAUCAAUUUAAAUCACACUAUGGAUCACUUUUCUGUUUACUACUCUUAUGAUUUUGAAUAAUAAUUCAACGGUCAGUGGAAUGCAGUCAAAUGGACUGUUAUUAAAAGAGAAGGAAGGACAUAUUAUCGUUUGGAAUGAACAAAAUACAAUAAUCGUUAUUAAAGUCGGGUAUAUGAUAACAAAAAAAAAUAGCCGCAUGAGCUUUUUUUUGUAACGACUCACUAAACGACGGACACAAAAUGUAACACCAUUACAAACAUAUAACAGAAGAAAAUCAAAAUGGCGUACGUUUCAAUGAAUGAAUGAAUGAACACCUGGAAAUUAAACCAAACGGCGAAAAAAAAGCAAUUAUUUCUGUUUCAGUGUAUCAUUUUUAUAAAAACCGCUCCAAGUAUAUGUUAUCAAACGAACUUGGUUUAUCAACAUGAAUGUCAUAUUUGUGUACACGUUUUACUCUUUGACUAAGAAUACUUCUACAUUUUUGUUCUAGUUGAUAUUUCUAUUGAUUGUUCUGAAGAAUA